UGACCAACUAAUUUUAGUGAACCCUAUUCCUGAAACGUCUUUUAUUAUUUAUUUAAUCUUUUCUAAACAAUACAAAACUUUCUUUCUAAAAAUUCUUAAAAAUGAAAAAUUUUAUUCUAUUCUCUAUAUCAUUAUGUUUACUUCAGGUUAUAAUAAAAGUGAACGCUCAGUUAAGCCCCUCUUACCGUAAAUUACAUAGCGCGGUUCUUGUUGAAAAAAAGCUCUAUAUUUUUGGUGGAUUUGGUGAACUUAAUUUAUCCCCCGAAAAUGAGACUAAUUAUAAUAAAAAUCCUGAUGACAGAUUUUUUUAUCUUGAUACCAAUACCGGAUAAUGUAAACAAUCUUCCUUUAGGAUCAUUGGCAUCAAUAGUUACUGGAGGUGUGGCAGCAAGUAUUGGAGGUGUAAAAAAUGAAACGAUAUUCUUUUUUAAUAAUGAAAGAGAUAAUGCAAUAAAAUCAGACCCUCCAGUUCACUCUUACAAUUCACCAAAUAAUGUAUGGAAUACACAAAGUUUUUCUGGAGUUAGACCUAUAGGUAGAAAUCAAAUGAGAGUUGUUACUGAUUAUAGCGGAAAAACAUAUUUGCUUACUGGAUUUGAUUUUACCGUUCAAGGAGUAAAACGUUCUGAUGGAUUAUUUGUUUGCGAUACAAUAAAUUUAAAUUGUGCAAUCAAAGAUGCUUCUGUUUUUUCUAGACUUGGUUAUGGUGUUACUUUAUUACCAAAUGGAAAUUUAGUUUACAU